AUGAGUUACAGUGAUUCAAGGUCCCAAUCUAACAGCUGCAGUAGCCAAGAUGCAACGUCGGGGAAACUACAAUACACAGAAAGUGACGAUGAGGGAAGUGACGAAUAUUGCAAGGGUGGAUACCACCCUGUGAAGAUUAAUGAAAUAUAUAACAAUCGGUAUAGAAUAGAAGGGAAAUUAGGGUGGGGUCAUUUUUCAACCGUUUGGGUUGCUACAGACUUAAAAAGUAAACCAUUAAAAUUUGUUGCCAUAAAAAUUCAGAAAGGGUCCGAAUCAUUUGGAGAGUCAGCCAAAUGUGAAAUAAAUUAUUUAAAAACAGUUAAGGCAAAUUCUUUCGACUCCUCAUGGGUAGAAAUAAAAGAACAUCAAAGGGAAAGGCUCUUUCAUUAUAAUAUGACAAAGGGAGUCGUUUCCUUUAUUGAUAGCUUUGAGCAUAAAGGACCGAAUGGUACCCACGUCUGUAUGGUGUUUGAAUUUAUGGGACCCAAUUUAUUAUCCCUCAUUAAGCAUUAUGAUUAUAAGGGGAUCCCAUUAAACUUAGUUCGAAAAAUUGCCACACAUGUCCUAAUAGGGCUGCAGUAUUUACACGAUGUUUGUAAAAUUAUACAUAGUGAUAUAAAGCCGGAAAACGUUUUGGUAUCUCCCCUGUUGAAUAUUCCCAGACCAAAGGACUACAGCAAAGAUGAUCAUACGCAAAAUGGCCUUCAUAAAAAGGAAGAAAAGGAAGCAACACAGGGGGGGGAUAGUGACCAUUCAGACAAUACCGACAAUGAUGAAGACGGGGAGGAGGAUGACCAGUCAUCGUGCCUGAGCGAGGUGAAAGAUAAACACGAAUGGGACAAUGUAGACUUUAACAAAUUAACAAAACAGGAAAAGAAAAAAUUAAAAAGAAAAAAAAAAAAAUUCUUAAAAAAGGAACGAUUAAAAGUGGAAGCACAGAAGAGAGAGGAGCAAAUCGGUGAUCAGGUGACUGUAGGAAAUUCACUCCAAAAUGGAAAUCACGACAAACAGAGCAACGCCAAAACGCAAGUUGAUAAAUUAACCUUGGAUAACGCGCCAUCAAACGAUAACAGCCAUUUUAAGAAGGAAGAUAACGAACAUUACAACAGUGAAAUUCAGAUGAAUGCAGAACAUGUGUUAAAGGAUGAAGAAUUGAACAGCGGCAACAUCAACAAUGUGGAUAGUCAUACUCUAGUAAAUCCAUACUUCUCCCUCAGUGGCAUGAAGAGCGGUACCUCCUCAAAGGAAGCACUAACCUGUAAUAGCAAAUGCACACCCGGAGAUAAUGAUAAAAAUGGUGAACAAAAUAAUGUAAAGAACGAACAUAACCUUGACGGGAACAACUGUUCCAAUUCGAACCCGCAGAUGUUAGAUGCGAAUAACCCAGCUUGCACAGCGAACGCCCACGCAGAGGAUGAACAAAAGGAAAAUGCACCCAAUGUGGGAGACUCCAAAUUAAGUAAAAAAAAAACGACUAAUGAACCUCCAUAUGUUAAACAUAGACUUAGGCCCUCCAACUCGGAUCCAUCCCUCGUCACCAGUUACAACAACAUACAUGCCCUCCAGGAAUCGCUGAUGAGGAGGCCCUACCAUUAUAAUAAUUAUUUUUUGUAUAAUCCGGAAAAGUACGGAGAUGACAGGUGUUCGCUAUUUUUGCAUCGCUUACCCAGCGACUACUUAAAGAAGAACACCUUGGAAGAUAGUGAUCACGAUAAAGACUUGGACGACGAAAAUGGUGAAAAUCACCACGAAGAACAAACCCGAAAAAGUGAUGCCAGUGACGGUGGAAAAUCAGCAGAAUUCCUAGGAAAGGAUUUUAAUAAAGUCCCCAUCUACUGUGACAUGUUCAAUCAUCUGAUGCACCCAGAAGCCAUGAAAAUACACGACAAAUAUAAAGAGAAAAAAAAAGGAAAGUAUGCAAAACCGUGUAAGGAUGACACACAGGAGAAUAACAAAAGCGGCCAUAAAGUUGUAUACAUCAAAACGGAGGAGGGGGACUAUCGUAUUAGACCCUACGAUCCAACUGUUUAUUACCAUGAAAAGGCAUGUUAUAAAAUCUGCGAUUUAGGAAACAGUCUCUGGAUUGAUGAAUCAAGGUAUGCAGAAAUACAAACAAGACAAUAUAGAUCCCCAGAAGUAAUCCUAAAAAGCGGUUUUAACGAAACUGCCGAUAUAUGGUCCUUUGCAUGUAUGAUAUUCGAACUGGUAACUGGAGACUUUCUUUUUAAUCCACAAAAAUCAGAUAGAUAUGAUAAGAAUGAGGAACACUUAAGUUUUAUGAUUGAAGUGUUGGGGAAUAUUCCAAAAUAUAUGAUCGACACAGGGUUCAAUUCUCAUAAAUAUUUUAAUAAAAAAACGUAUAAACUGAAAAAUAUAAAAAAUAUCAAAAGGUACGGAUUGUACAAAAUAUUUAAAUACAAGUACAACAUACCAGAGAAGGAAAUUAAUCCCCUGUGUAGCUUUCUACUGCCUAUGCUUGCCUUGGACCCUCAGAAGAGACCAUCGGCCUACACUAUGCUCCAGCAUCCCUGGCUCAAUAUGGUAGAAAUGGAAGAAGAAGAAAUGCACAUGAAAAAUAGAUCCUACUCCUUCAACAGCAUGAGCGUCAAAAACAACGCCAAUUAUGAGGGACACGAAUACAGUAAGGAAAAUUAUCACAACGAAAAUUAUAACGGCGCGAAUCAGCACACGGAUGAUAGAAGCAUGAAUUCGUCCAACAAGCACAACAACGUGCAGGCCAAUUUGAAGGGCCAGCAAAACGAUGCGCUAAUGGGCCAAUUCGAGGAAGAGGAAGAAGAGGAGGAAGAAGAAGAAUACAAUGAUGAGGAAGACGAUGACGAGGAAACUGAAGAAGAAAUAGACGAUGAGGAGGAUGAAGAUGACGACGAAGAAGAAAACUACAAUAGCCAACCCGACUAUACUUUUACCUACAAAAAUAAUAACACCCAUAACGGAAUGGAGAGCAAGGCAACCACACUCAAAUACGACAAUCUGUAUCAAAAAAAAAGUACGUUAGAAGAAAAAUCGAAAUAUAAAAAUAUAAACGCCGGGAAUAUCCCUGAUUCGUCCAUGAACACGCAAAAUUAUAUGUUCCGCAAUGAAAACAUGCCCCACAUUGCAUACAAUAAUGCAAAUAAUAAAAACUUCGCGAAAAAUGCGCCACCGUACCAAAACAUCCAAAUGAGGAAUUAUCACAAAAUGAGUGGUCAUGGAUUCAACGACCAAGUCGUGAAUUCAGAAGAGGAUGGAGAUUAUCAUUACUACCAUGAGCACCCAGGGAAGUAUAAAUACGACGAGGGGGAAGAAGAGGAAGAGGUUUCUAUGGAAGAUGAGGAGGAGGAUGACGUAACGGAUGAGGAAUAUCACCCCCAGAAUGAGAAGCCAAAUAAAAGUCACAGUAACAAUCACAAAAGGGUUGACAGUAGUAACUACCCAAACGAAAUCGAUGAAAAUAAUUUCUGCGAUGAAGAAAGCCAAGUAUAUUAUGAAGGGGGGGAGGACUCCUCCGUACACCUUACCGCAAAAGGGCAACCAAAGAAAAUAGGAAUUGAAGAGCAGACAGGACAAAGAGAAGUAUUAAUCCCCGUAAAACCAAAGGACUUUCUCAAAGUUACUAUCCCAAAUGAGAACGCAAAAUUAAGAGGCCAACUAGCCACAUCGAAUAGCUCCAAUUUUAAUGAAAAUGUAAAAAUCGAAUCAACCGACAUAGAAGAGAAUAGCACUUCGUCCAACAAAUUUAGCAGCGUCGUGAUGAGUAGUAGUAUCGGCCAAAAUGUGGACAAUUUCAACAAGACCGAUCAAGAGGAAAAACAGCUACUGGAAGGGAACGCACCGGGAAUGGAGCGAAAAAAUGAAAGUCAAAUACUUGAUGAUAACCAGGAUGAGGACAAGGCCAAUAAAAUAAAUUGCAAAGUCAUCAACAAAAAGCCUUUUUGUGCCUUUUCCUAA